GGCCAUGGCCUUGCAAAGCUGAUAAAAGCGACGCGACUCGCGCCCACGCAGCCCCGAGGCGUUCGCUGGUACAAGGAUAGGGUGUCCCAAAAAUACUCCAUGGUCCUCACGCAGUGCGCCGCCUGCGCCACCGAGCUUGGGCUAAGCUUGGGCAAGAAAUGUGGCCGCUGCAGCACGCGCUAUUGUGGGCCUGAAUGCCAGGUGCAGCAUUGGAAAGAAGGCGGCCACGACAAGCUCUGCAAGAAAAUUAAAAAAGCAGGCGGCGCCGAGCAGUUUCGUGCGAAUCAGAAGUGCACGGAGGCCGUCGCUGUCGCGGCGGAGGCGUGCGCGGAGGACACCAAGGGGCAGACGUGCUACAUCUGCACACAAGCGCUCCAUUGGAAAACGAAGGAGGGUCUCGUGCGCGGGUGCGCGUGCCGCGGGACGUCGGGCGUUGCGCACGUGUCGUGCCUGGCGGAGCAGGCGAAGAUUUUGGUCGCGGAGGCCGAGGAGAACAAUUCAGACGACUUACAGUGGCAUCGGUGGAACACAUGUAGCCUGUGUGAGCAAAAGUACCACGGCGUCGUGCGGUGCGCGCUCGGGUGGGCGUGCUGGCGGACGUACGUGGGGCGGCCGGAGGUGGACUGGGCUCGGCGCGACGCGAUGAUGCAGCUUGGGAACGGUUUAGCCGAUGUAGACCACCACGAGGACGCAUUGCCUGUGCGAGAAGCCGAGUUGGCUAUUCACCGACGCCUUGGCCUACCAGAAGAAAACAUUCUCGGCGUGCAGACCAAUCUUGCACUUACGUAUUCAUGCCUAGGACGGAAGGAAGAGUCCCUGCGCAUGCGACGAGACGUAUACUAUGGACGUCUGAAGCUCCAUGGCGAAGAAAAUGAAUCAACCCUCGAAACUGCCAACAACUAUGCGUGGGGUCUUUGUGGCCUAAAGCGCUUCGAAGAAGCCAAGGCACUGUUGCGCAAACCGAUGCGCGUGGCACGUCGUGUUCUUGGAGAGAAUCAUGAACUCACGCUCGUGUUGAGCUGGGCUUACGCGAGGGCGCUCUACAGUGCCGAAGGCGCCACGCUCGACAAUCUCCGCGAGGCCGUGACGACGCUCGAGAAGACGGAACGGAUCGCGCGGCGCGUGCUCGGUGGCGCGCACCCGACCACGACGGGGAUAGAUGAUCAUUUGCGAAACGCGCGAACCGUGCUCCGCGCCCGCGAGGCGGGUCAUCGGGUUAUUUUUACCGACGCAGUAGUAUAAAUUAGCUGUUAAAUAUACCCAAGCAAGAAGACGAAAA